UGUGAUCCUGGGAAGACAGACCGCGGGCGCAGGGCAGUGCUGAAGAGCCGUAACAUCAGGAAGAGAGGGCCUCUCCCCCUCUCUGCCCCUCAUGCUGAGAGGAUACUGGUCGGCACUAAUCAAAUCCGGAGGGACGCUGAGCACCCUGAGUCGUCAUGGGCAACGAGAACAGCUCCUCAGGCAACCAGCAAGAGGACUCUGGCUUGAAUAACGUCAUCCUGUGGCCUCCAAACCCUGAGCCUCUGCAGAAGACUUCUUUGGCGCGAAGUCCAGGAUCUGUGCAACCGCCUGGGAACAGUCAGAGAGUAGAAAGGAAGCCCGAGGAGGCAUCCGAAGGCACGGACCCAGGAGACCGGCCCAGCAUCUGGCAUGGAGGUUCCAGCUUUGCUUCUGAGGGUGCUGCCACUCCAGACCCCUGCCUCGUGUCCCCAGAGGUGACUGAGCCGAGAGAGCACCCACAGGCAGCCAGGGGUCCAGAAGAUUCUCCACGUCCCAGCACACCGGAGCCCCAGGAGUGGGAGAGUCCCUCAUCCUCCAUGCGCUUUGCCGAGGGCCCCCCGGAAGGUUGCUUGGCAAGCCCAGAAGGGGAACCUGAAGGUUGGCCCCUGGUUCAACACUCUGGGAGGGAACUUUCUCCAAAUGGCCCAGGAGAGGCCUCGGCAGCCUCUGUCCCUCAGGACGACAACUUAACUCAGCGCAAGGUGGUUUCUGUCAUCCCCAGUGCCGAAGGAGAGACAGGCUCGAAGGAAGAAGAAGGGCAGAGACUGUCUUCCUCCAGCUCCACUGACCAGUUGGCAGGAAUUCCACUAACUGCUCCUCCAGAGCCGAUGAAGGUGCAGCUGCCUGGAGAGGAUGCCCGGCCUGGUGAUUUCAAGUCCCAAGGGCAAGAGGCUGCAGCUGGCUUACCACGACCAGAGACCCGGCAGGGAACCCCCAAGGCCCCUGCUGCCCACCUAGGCCAGGAGAGCUCAGCCAGCCUGGAGGAGCCUCCCCUAAAACCCGAGAUCUCAACCUCGCAAGAGCCAGCUCCCGAAUGCCCAGUGGAGGGGCCACCUCAGGAUUUCACCAAUGACACGGGAUUCCUCGGGGCCUGCCCUCCCACUGGGACCAGUUCAGGGGCCGCCCAAGAAGCCAAAGCGAAGGCCGAUUUCCAGGAAAGCUGCCAGCAGCCGAUGGGAGCACUCCCACUCACAGAGCUGCCCUGGGAUUCACUGGGUCCUGCCCUGGUGCCGGGGGACAAGUGCUCUUGGGAGGAGACUCUGGGUGCCCUUGAUGCUCAGGGUCACUCGCAGACCAGGAUCCAAGAUGCUCAGCCUAGUCAAGUCACCUGGGCAGCAACAGGUGAUCAGCCCGAGGGAAUUUUGUUCAUGAGCCCUGAGCCUGCCCCACAUGCCGCAACUGAGGAUGUGGGUCCAGCUUCAAGCCUCCCCUCCCAGCCAGCUGCUCUGGCCUCCGUGGCUGCAGAACAAGCCAAGGAGAUGGUUUCCAUGGCCGAGAUGCCUGUUCUCACAGAUCUGGCUACAGAGUGGGCAGAAGCAGGGUUGUCAGGACCGGAGAAGCAAGCAUCAGACCUCAGAGGAGAAGGAGAGGGUCUGGAAGGAGGCUCCGGAGAGAUUCCUGCUCCUGCCCCCCCGAAGGAGAGGGCAGAGCUUGGGAAUAGGGAGCUAAGCCGUGAAGCCCAAGCAAAGGUUCCAGCUCUCCCCACUCCCAGUGCAUCAGAUGAGAGUGCCAGCAGGUCACCAGGGCCGAAGGAUGAAGCUGAGCCCCCCGAAGGCCCAGCUGUGGCUAACGAGGAAAGCAAAGUCUCUGGGGCUGAUCCUAGAGGACAGGGAGCAGCCCCAGGGCCCCUUGAUGGUGCAGAUACUGGGAAUCUACAGGCAGAACAACCUGAGGCCUGGGACUGCAAGCCUGACCCAGAGGUGGACAAGGACGAGGUUUCACAGCUGACUGGCGAUGAGGAGAGCAAAGGCCUUCCGAACACAGUCCUAGCACAGCCACUUGGAGAGGAGAUCCCCGGGCACGCGGACAGGUCUGACUCUCCCUCAGAAGAUGCAGCUUGGAACGUGGUGGCCCGUGGGAUGAUGGGAGAAUCUCAAGUGGUCCACGCAUCGGGCUCACUGCACCAGCUCCCUGAACAGCAUCCCAGCCCACCCUCUGGGCCAGAAGGAGCUGGUGAAUGUGUUUUUCCCCGGGGAACCGUCUGGGCGGGGCCGGAACCACAGACCAAAUGUCCCGACACCCUUCAGGACGUGGAGGGACUGGGAAGAAUGGACUGUCUUCCUGCUUUAGAAUCUGAGAAAUCAGAUUUCCUGUCGGCUCCUGCUCCAGAGGUCGUCCCCAAAGCCCAGGAGGCGGAGAGCAUGCCUGAAAUAAAGUCAGGGAGCCACCCAUCCGCACAGAGCCCCGGCCAUGGGGAGGGGGAGGGCUCGCUACGAUCCCCCCACCCCCGUGGGCUGGGGCGUGACACAGCUGGACAGGAAGUCCAUGCCGAUGGGCCCCCUCCCCCUGAGGAGGAGAACUGGGCAGAGGACUGCAGGCUCACGAGGCUCAGCCUGGAGCAAGGUCGGCAGGGAAACCUAUCCCACCCGGGGGACAGCGGUAUAGAAGUGACUGCAUCCGAGAGGCCCUUACUGUGUCCUGAGAACCAUCUCCAAACAUCCCAGACACACCCAGACGCAUCAGUCUUCAGUAUGCUCAGGGAGACAUCCCAAGGGUGCGGAAGCAAGGAAGAGGCUUAUCCAGGUGAUACGGAUUUUAAGAACCUGGGUGCCAAUUCUCCGCAAAUCCACAUACCCGUGGGACCGCGGGAAGAUGUGAACUUGUCCACUCAUGGAGGCAAGCAACCGGCUUCUGAAACGGAACUUCAAAGUGAGCUCCCCAAAGGCAGUCUGUCUGAUGCUCCGAGUUCACCUCCUGGGGGCACAGUUCUGGAGAAUCCUGAGACCGAGAAGUCGCAGUUGUCAGCACCCAUGAAGCCUGAGUUGCCUGCACUCAGGGAGAAGGGGCAAGAGGGAGAAUGCAGCGGCAGUCAGCCGUCCAGGAGCUCAUCUCCUGCAGCAGACACUUCCCAAGACCCUUCUCUUGCAGGUAGCUUGAGCAGAAAGGAAUAUAGCUGUGCUGGGCAGGGGCCAAACGAGUCCCAACAGGAGCUGGUUGAUGGGCUGAACACCGGCAGCCAGCAUGAAGAAGCAUGUCUUGAGGACGCAGGCAUUUCAGGAGCAGCUGACGCUUGGCCCCAGCUCCAGGACUUGGGCAAGACAGAGACGGCAAGUGGAAACACCGUGGGGGCCCCGCCUUGUUGGCCUGACUCAGUAGCUCUCCCGGAGGCAGCUCACAGCCAGUCGGUUCCAGCACCUGCCAGCCCCCGAGCCACACCCGCCCAGGAUGCCCCAGUGAGAGAGGCAGGUGAAGAAACCCAGGAGGGCAGGCAGCAACCGGGGUUGGUCCCACAGAAGGAAAUGGAGCACCUCACUGCCUCAGAUGCAGAGGUCCUGGAGCUUUCUGGAAUUUUCCCAUCAGCCAAGAAUCAAGGUGUGGAUGGUGCUGAGACUUGCGGGAAGGCGGACGGAGGAGCCCUGGGGAUGUGGCAGGCUCCGGGGGAGCCAGGCUCCCUCCAAACAGAGCAGCACUCUUCCCCUGGGGAGGAAGCCUCUACCUCUGCUCUAGGUGAGCAGCACUUGGCCAGCUGCCAGGAUGCCUGGCCACUAGCCAGGGAGCUGGCUGAGAGUCCCAGGAGCGUGGUGGAUCUUUCUGCAGCACAGGUUGUCCCCGACCCAAAGAGGCUCCUGCCGUCUGGACCCCUGGAGGAGGCUGCCCCUGGUACUCCUUACCUGCACAUCGAGGGUGCUGCCAGGAAAGGGCUGGAAGACCGUGUUGUGAAAGCUGUUUCACCCCAAGGCCCCGGAGCCCCUGGGGAAAGCCCUUGUUCCACUCUGGAGCCCCUGCUUGCCUUGGAAAUAGCCUCCUUCAGGGAGGGCUCUGCUGAGUCCUCCUUCUUGCAAGCAGGAGCUGCAGGUGAGGGAAUCUCUGCAGCGCCAGCCAGCCUUGGAAGCUCCAAAGCUGCGACCUCGGAGGGUCCUGUGGACUCUGUGCCGUACUUGGACAGGAUGCCGUUUCUGGCCAAGAGUAAGGAGACCACGGGGGAGGAGAAAUGGUCUGGAGCUCCCGGUGCAAGUGCUGAGCCCGGCGAAAUUCCAGCAUGCCCCGUCAGUGAGGAGAGCAAGGCAGGGGAAGCAGCAAGAGAGACCGAGGGCAGCGGGGAGAGGAUGCUAGAGCCUUCCAAGGAUCCCAGGCGGGGAGCAUCAGCUGGUGUAGACGCAAGCUGCAGGCAGACUGGGAUGCUCGCUGGGUUGCCUGAUUUCAGGGAGCACAUCACCAAGAUCUUCGAGAAGUCUGUGCUUGGAGCCCUGACCGCCGAUUGGCCCCAGAGCACACAGGGAGAAAAGGCGGGAGCCAGGAAGAGGGUGAUGGGCAAGGGCCUCAUGGUGCCAAGCCCAGAGAAGCUUCCAGAUGGAACUCAAGGAGUGGCCGUCACCCCUCUCCCCACCCUUCCCACUGGUCUCUGGGUGGACUCAAAGGAGAGGAAGCAAGAGCUGGCCGUAGAGGCUGAGAUUUCUCGUCUGGGUCCCCAGGAUCCAGCUGUAGGAAAGCUGCCCGGGCUGGCCUGGCUGGCCGCAGAGCACACCCUGCCGGGCGCCAGUGAGGGAAAGGAAGUAAGCGAGGCCCCGCAGAUGCUGGGGGACAGCAAGAAGCUGGAGGGGGCCGGGGAAGGCUGGUGGCCGGGACCCGGAGGAAGCCAGGCCCAUUCACAGCAGGCAGGUGGCCCACAGGAAGCAGCUUCAGAUCUGUCUUCACAGGCGGCUUCUCCAGAGGCUUCCGGGGCUGACUUGCAGGUGGCUCCCCAGAGCCAUGCAGAAGGGGACUCUGGUCCAGAUGACAGCAUUCCUUCUGGAAAACAGAGCCAGGAAACAGCCCACCAGGACAGUCAACCCAGAGAAGAUGGUCCCCGGGGCUCUUCUCACCCCCGGGCUCUGGGUGACAUGCCAGGAUCCACCUCUGCCCGGGGAGCAUCUCCCCACGGGGACGUCCCACCUCUGCCCGAGGCCAUCGGUGAGCCCUGCACCCCAGACCCACUUAGGGGUGAGAGGAGGUGUGCAGGUGCAGCUGGCAUCUCGGAAACACAAGAUGCCCUGGGCACCCAGGGCAUCCAGGAGCCCCCAGCUGGGGAAGUGGCAGAUAAUCCGCUGGAGCCCGGCUUGGAAGCUGGAGCUGCUGGGGAAGCAGAGGGUGACGUCACUUUGAACACAGCUGGGACCCGGACAUGUGUGUCUGAGGACCUGCCUGAAACAGGUACUACGAGAAUGUUCUCUGGUACGGCUGUUGCCUCGGCUGUGCCAGGAAGCCCUGGGGACCCAGGCUGCUCAGAAGGGGCUCUGAGGAUGGAUGCUGAAGUCGCCCCAGGUGGGGGCAGCCCGGCCGGGCCCCCACAGGCUGAGGAGCAACCCAGGCCUGAGUUCCCUGCUUUUGCGGAGGAUGGGAAGAUAGGUGUCUCCUCACCCACAGAACCUGACGAAACUCGGGACCUGAAGCUGCAAAACCUGGAUCCAGAAGCACUGGACGCUGAGAGAAAGAUCCCCAAGGCUGGCCCAUCUACGUUACCUUUGGUUCCUGAGAAGGAUGCUCCAGACAUCACGGACGAGGUUAUUUCAGAUGAUGCCAGCAGUGCGGGAGGAGCAGAAAGUUCACUUGUACCAGAUGAUGUCAUCCAGCCGGCUGCCCUUGAAGACCUGGAAAAUUCACUCUUAGCUGCCUCGACCUCCCACAGUGAUGUCAGCGGCCAGGUCUCCACGGAUCUGACAGCCCAGAGUACCAUCCCAGCUGCCGCCUGUGUGGAUCUCACUGCCCCAGCCUCAGAGUACGCAUCUUUGCCUUCCGCCCCAGCUGGUGAUGGAGUUGAAGCUUCCGUUCCCUCCUGCCAACGUCUGGCCAAGGACUUAAGCAGGAGUUCUGACUCUGAAGAAGCAUUUGAGACUCCGGAGUCCACAACCCCCGUCAAAGCUCCACCAGCCCCACCCCCGCCACCCCCCGAAGUCAUUGCAGCACCUGAGGUCAGCGUGCAGGCUCCCCUGGAAGAACCAGGAUGCAGCUCUGAGCCGGCCUCCGUCCCCGAUGGCCCCCGCAGCAGCUCCGUGGAAGGCAGUCCUUUCCAUCCCCCACCACACUCCUUCUCUGCCGUCUUCGAUGAAGACAAGCCGAUAGCCAGCAGUGGGACUUACAACUUGGACUUUGACAACAUCGAGCUGGUGGAUAACCUUCAGACCUUGGAGCCUCGCGCCUCAGACCCUAAGAAUCAGGACUGCAAGGUGAACUCACGGAGGAAGUCCACGGACUCCGUCCCCACCUCUAAGUCGACGUUGUCCCGCUCGCUCAGUCUGCAAGCUAGUGACUUUGAUGGUGCUUCUUGCUCAGGCAACCCCGAGGCCACGGCCCCAGUCGCGGAUGCGUACAGUGUGGGUUCGAGCAGUGCUUCCAGUACCCUUAAGCGAACUAAGAAACCGAGGCCACCUUCCUUAAAAAAGAAACAGACCACUAAGAAACCCCCUGAUACGCCCCCAGUGAGAGAGACGCAGCACGAGCCGACCGGAGAGAGCCCUGACCCCAGCGAAGAGAAUCAAACAGCCGGAACGAGACCAGAACUGGCCAGGGCCGAAGGCUCCAGAUCAGCCUUAUCGGAGGAGGCACCCCCAGAACCUGCUGCUGCCCCCAAGGCGGCCUGCCCCCUGGACUGUGAGGCUGCAGAAGGGGCCGUCCCCCCAGUUUCGGGGGGUGGCAGAGUGCAGAACUCACCUCCCAUUGGAAGGAGAACCCUGCCUCCGGCCACGGCCCCUGAGGCAGUGGAGGUGACCCCAUCAGAUAGUGGGGGGCAAGAGGACUCCCCAGCCAAAGGCCUCUCAGUGAGGCUGGAGUUUGACUAUUCUGAGGACAAGGGUAGUUGGGACACCCAGCAGGAAACCCCGCCUCCCACUAAAAAGAUAGGCAAAAAGCCGGUUGCCAAAAUGCCCCUAAGGAGGCCAAAGAUGAAAAAAACACCCGAGAAACUCGACAACACCCCUGCCUCGCCUACCAGGUCCCCUGCUGAACCCAAUGACAUCCCUAUCGCUAAAGGUACCUACACCUUUGAUAUUGACAAGUGGGAUGACCCCAAUUUUAACCCUUUUUCUUCCACCUCAAAAAUGCAGGAGUCUCCCAAACUGCCCCAACAGUCCUACAACUUUGACCCGGACGCCUGUGAUGAGUCCACUGAUCCCUUUAAGACGUGCUCUAAGGCCCCCAGCUCACCUUCUAAAUCCCCAGCCUCCUUUGAGAUCCCAGCCAGUGCCAUCGAAGCCAAUGGAGUGGACGGGGAUGGGCUGAACAAGCCCGCCAAGAAGAAGAAGACGCCCCUCAAGACUGACACAUUUAGGGUGAAAAAGUCGCCAAAACGGUCUCCUCUCUCUGAUCCACCUUCUCAGGACCCCACCCCCGCGGCCACGCCGGAAACGCCACCUGUGAUCUCAGCGGUGGUCCACGCAACUGACGAGGAGAAGCUGGCGGUCACCAAUCAGAAGUGGACGUGCAUGACGGUGGAUCUGGAGGCUGACAAACAGGACUACCCCCAGCCCUCGGACCUGUCCACCUUUGUGAACGAGACCAAAUUCAAUUCACCCACGGAGGGUAAGCAACGUGGUGGCCAGCUGGACUCCCACCCUGCCUUGGAGGCUACUGCCCCUAGGGAGCAAAGGGCCAGGAAAGAAACCGCUAAGCCAGAGUUGGAUUAUAGAAACUCCUAUGAAAUCGAAUAUAUGGAGAAAAUCGGUUCCUCCUUACCUCAGGACAACGAUGCCCCGAAGAAGCAGGCCUUGUACCUUAUGUUCGACACAUCUCAGGAGAGCCCGGUCAAGUCUCCCCCCGUCCGGAUGUCCGAGUCUCCAACGCCAUGUUCAGGCUCAAGUUUCGAGGAGACUGAAGCCCUUGUGAAUACUGGGGCAAAGAUCCAACAUCCCGUUGCACGAGGGCUGGCCCCCAACCAGGAGCCACACUUGCAGGUGCCAGAGAAGUCCUCCCAGAAAGAGCUGGAGGCCAUGGCCUUGGGCACCGCGUCGGAAGUGAUGGAAAUUACAGCUCCCGAGGGCUCCUUUGCCUCUGCUGACGCCCUCCUCAGCAGGCUAGCUCAUCCAGCCUCUCUCUGUGGUGCGCUUGACUAUCUGGAGCCCGACUUAGCAGAAAAGAACCCCCCAGUCUUUGCUCAAAAACUUCAGGAGGAGUUAGAGUUUGCCAUCAUGCGGAUAGAAGCCCUGAAGCUGGCCAGGCAGAUCGCCCUGGCUGCGCGUAGCCGCCAGGACACCAAGAGAGAAGCUGCUCACCCACCGGAUGUCUCCAUCUCCAAAACAGCCUUGUAUUCCCGCAUCGGGACGGCCGAGGUGGAGAAACCCGCAGGCCUUCUGUUCCAGCAGCCCGACCUGGACUCCGCGCUCCAGAUCGCCAGGGCAGAGAUCAUAACCAAGGAGAGAGAGGUCUCAGAGUGGAAAGAUAAAUAUGAAGAAAGCAGGCGGGAAGUGAUGGAAAUGAGGAAAAUCGUGGCCGAGUAUGAGAAGACCAUUGCCCAGAUGAUAGAGGAUGAACAGAGGGAGAAGUCGGUCUCCCACCAGACCGUCCAGCAGCUGGUCCUGGAGAAGGAGCAGGCCCUGGCCGACCUGAACUCGGUGGAGAAGUCCCUGGCCGAUCUCUUCAGGAGAUACGAGAAGAUGAAGGAGGUCUUGGAGGGCUUCCGCAAGAAUGAAGAGGUGCUGAAGAAGUGUGCACAAGAGUACCUGUCUCGAGUAAAGAAGGAGGAACAGAGGUACCAGGCGCUGAAGGUCCAUGCAGAGGAGAAGCUGGACAGGGCCAACGCCGAGAUCGCCCAAGUCCGGGGCAAGGCCCAGCAGGAACAGGCUGCCUACCAGGCCAGCCUACGGAAGGAGCAGCUGCGAGUGGACGCUCUGGAGAGAACGCUGGAGCAGAAGAAUAAAGAGAUCGAAGAACUCACCAAGAUUUGUGAUGAGCUGAUUGCCAAAAUGGGGAAAAGCUAACUCUGAACCAAAUGUUUGGACUCGACCGUUGCGUGCAAUAUGACCGUCGCACACUGCUGUCCCUCCGGUUAUGUGGACAGGCUCUGUUUUCACUUUUUCGUAUGCACUACUGUAUUUCCUUUCUAAAUAAAGUUGAUUUGAUUGUAUGCAGUACUAAGGAGACGAUCAGAAUUUCUUGCUAUUGGUUUGCAUUUUCCUAGUAUAAUUCAUAGCAAGUUGACCUCAGAGUUCCUGUAUCAGGGAGAUUGUCUGAUUCUCUAAUAAAAGACAAAUCGCUGACCUUGGCCUUGCCCUUUGUACAUGAGUUUCCAGGGUGAGCGGCUUUUGGAUUUAAUAUGAUCAUGUACAGCUUGCAAAGGGACUCUUGCCUUAAGGAGUGUAAACUUGAUCUGCAUUUGCUGAUUUGUUUUAAAAAAAAAAAGAAAAAAGAAAAAUGCAUGUUUCAAAUAAAAUUCUCUAUUGUAAAUAAAUUUUUUUUCUUUGGAUCUUGGCAAUAA